AUGCUGAAAAGUAUCGAGGCCGAAACCCGAGUGAUGAACAUAAUUCAGCGAUGUUACGAGGACAUGAAUAACGCCGCACAGAGCAUCUCACCUGCCAGUGAUACUGCCAGUGUUGUCGAGCAGUACAGGUCGGGUUAUGCUCAUCCUCAGCCAUUUCCAUUCGAGGAUCUGGGUGCUCCGUCGGCAGUGGUCACUGGUGAGGGCUCAAGUGUUGUUGAUACUAUGAAGAGGCCGACAAAAAAUGGCUCGAUGGUGAAGAUCAAUCGGAAGCCCAGCAUGGGACUUUUUCGAGGCAACAGCCAUGCAAGGAAGGUAUGCAUUUCGUGA